CGAUAGAAGCGUAGUUCACAUUCUCACAUGGCGAGUUUCACAUUCUUACAAAAGAAUCCAGCUUGGAAAAGAACUAGAAACAAACUCACCCCUGUUUUCACAUCGGGAAAAAUUAAACGUAUGUUCACUUUUGUGAAUAGCGUGGGCGAGAAUUUAGUUGACUACUUACAGAAAAAUUUAGGAGAUAUCGAAGCAAAGGAAGUGGCGUCUAAAUAUUCGACAGAUGUCAUAGCAAAGUGUUGUUUCGGAAUUGAAUCCAAGUGCUUUGACGAUGAGGAUAUAGAAUUUCGAAAAUUUGGGAGGAAUAUGUUUGAUUUCUCUUGGAGAAAUGCUUUUGCUUUCGUAAUUUAUUUUUUCAGACCACGGUGGGUGGGUACUUUUCGAGUUGAUUUUAUAAACCGAAGUUCUAUAAAAUUUUUUUGCCAAGCAUUUUCAGAGACCUUGAACUACAGGAAGUUGUGCAAGAUGAAAGUGGGAGAUUUUGCGGAUUUAAUCAAUGACUUGAAGGAGGCUAGUCACUCACGCGAAUCAGCCCUGAACGAAGCAUAUGGUCAAGCCAUAAUGUUUUUCGCAGCAGGAUUUGAAACCACAAGUGCCGCUAUAUCUUUCACUCUUCAUGAGUUAUGUCUCAAUAAAGAUAUACAAGAUAAUCUCAGAAAGGAAAUAUCUGAAACUAUCGGAAAAUACGGCGAAGUUACAUAUGAAGCAAUCCAAGAAAUGAAGUAUUUGAGGAUGUGUAUUAACGAAACCCUGAGAAAAUAUCCAAUAAUACCAUUUUUGGAUCGUAUUUGCAAAGAAAAUUAUGAAGUACCAAAUACCAAUUUAAUAAUUGAGAAAGGAACACCAAUAUACAUUCCUAUAUAUGGAUUGCAUAUGGAUGGAACCCACUUCCCGGAUCCUGAAAAAUAUGAUCCAGAUAGAUUUCUAAAGAAAAAUAUCAAUGGAGCUGGGUUUGUUUACAUUCCAUUUGGAGAUGGACCCAGAAAUUGCUUGGGUGAAAGAUUUGGACUGUUGAGUACGCAAGUGGCUUUAGUUCAUAUCAUUUCACGAUUUGAGGUUGAAAAAUGUGACAAGACACCUGACCCUGUGGAAUUUGAACCAAAAUGUAUAGCUGUUCUGUCUAAAGUUGGUCUUCCAAUGAUACUGAGAAACUACGGGGCAGAAAUCAACUAAACACUGAAUGCUGCUUUUGAAGUCGUAAUUAUUAUUAACCUUCCUUGAAUUUGUAUUCAACCCAUCAAUUAUAUGAAUAUUCAGUAAUUUUCCAAAAAAAAACAGGAACAUAAUGAAAAUUAAAUCAGUUUGAUGAUA